AUGGCCGUCGCUUCCAGACCGCUGCAGUGGCUCUGCAGCCUGCUCGCGCUCGUCGGCGUCGUCGGCGCCCUCAAGUUCGAGCUGGCGGCGCACACGGGCGGCGAGAGCCACCGCAAGGAGCGCUGCAUCCGCAACUUUGUCAACCGCGACACCAUGGUGGCCGUCAAGUCGAGCGUGGGGGGCUUCAAGGGCGACGGGAUGGUGGUCAACAUUCACAUUCGCGAUUCGCUCGGCAACGAGUACGGUCGUCCGCGGGAUGUUGUCGGCGAGAACCGCGUCGUCUUCACCUCGCACUCGGACGCCUCGUUUGACGUCUGCUACGAGAAUAUCUUUUCCGGCUCCCAGCGUCCCACCCCCUCGGUUCGCGACAUUGAGCUCGACGUCGAAAUCGGCGCCGACGCGCGCGACUGGUCCGCCGUGCAGGCCAACGAGAAGCUCAAGCCCGUCGAGGCGGAGCUGCGCCGCGUCGAGGAGCUCACGGGCGAGAUUGUGCGCGAGAUGGAGUACCUGCGCGCGCGCGAGCAGACGCUGCGCGACACGAACGAGAGCACCAACACGCGCGUCAAGUGGUUCGGCGUCGGCACCACCUGGCUGCUCAUCGGGCUGUGGGCCUGGCAGAUUCUGUACCUGCGUGCGUACUUUCGCUCCAAGCAUCUCAUUUAG